CGUUGUCCGGCACCACAUUUUCCUAACGGAAAUCUUGAUAUUACCAGAUUUUUUCUUCUUCUGUUGGACCCGGGAUUCGAACUGCCAACUCUCCGGUUGCUGGCUCGUCUCUCUAACCACUAGGCUGCCUGCCUAAGGUCCUUGGUCUAUAAGGAGUAACGUUAGGCUCCUUUAGUCCAAUAUUGGGCUAGGUUUUGGUUAACCCACAGUUCAUGGAAGAAUGAUACAAUGGGGCAUAGAUCACAAAGUGAAGUGAACUCCGGGAACCCCAUUGUUCUCAUGCCUACCAGAAUUCUGACUUUUUUUUUGCAUUGAUUGAAAACCUCCUGUGCUUGUGAUGCAGUUCUAUGAACGAGGUGGUGCACACAUCUCCUACAAUAGGCAGCAACGUGGAGGAGAUAGUGGUGAACAACACUCACUUCCUGAUGUGGGACAUCGGAGGGCAGGAGUCACUGAGAUCCUCCUGGAACACGUACUACACAAACACAGAGUUUGUGAUCAUAGUGGUGGAUAGCACCGACCGAGAGAGAAUCUCUGUCACCAAAGAGGAGCUCUACAGAAUGCUUGUACAUGAAGAUCUGAAGAAGGCGGGCCUGCUGAUCUUUGCUAACAAGCAGGAUGUGAAGGGCUGUAUGUCUGUGGCUGAGAUCUCCCAGAGCCUGCAGCUCACAUCAGUCAAAGACCACCAGUGGCACAUCCAGGCCUGCUGCGCCCUCACUGGGGAGGGGUUGUGCCAAGGCUUGGAGUGGAUGACGUCACGACUGCGAGUCAGAUGACCUUUGACCCUGAUCAACAACAAAAACAGGUGUGCUGUUCCUCUCCUCUCUCUACACCUUCAGUCCUGAGGGGUGUAGUGGUUGGUUGGCGGUUGACGGGUGGCCCUCUCCAUGAAGCCUCUGACCUGACCCAGCUGGUCAGACUGCCAGGAUGUUGUUUUUCUGUUGCGUGUUUAUUUAUUACUACAAAACACUGCUCUGACUGAGAACUGUGAGCAACCAGAACUGAAUAACUCUACCUUUUCACGAUCAAUUCUGGAAAGAAAAGUUAAACAAAAGACUGAUAAGAAUUCCAGUGUGUUGAAUUUCUGAAUCUGCAAGGUUGGUUUUCCAACUAAAAAAGAUAUGGACUAUCUGGGACUGGAGGUGAGCUUGGACUUAAGAGGACUCAUAUUUAGUUGUUUGAGUGAGCCUGCCUGCCCAGCGUGGCCUUGUUUCAGUAUUGCCAUACUGUCUGAGAUGGUGGUAUUGCCCUAUGUGUACAGUCCAGUAUUUACAUUAUGACUGCGUCCCAAAUGGCGCUUUAUUCCUUAAUUCACAUUUCAUUACCUUGUGCCUGCUGCGUCGGAAUCCUGAAGUGAUGAUGGCUGAAGAUACUGAGUCACAGAACCGAAGAGCGGGAAACCCAACUCUCUCAGCUCAUAUGAAAUACAUUGGAAAAAAAUAAAGUGUUUUUAACUGUUUUGGGUUCAUUA